UUAUAGGAGUUGACCAGUCAACCAUAAGCCGAACUGUGACAAGAGUCACCGACGUCUUGCUACGUCAGGUACCAAACCAUGUUCGAUUACCCAAUGGAAAAAAACAAGAUGCCAUAAAAACUAAAUUUUAUAACAUGAGUGGAUUUCCAAAUGUGGUUGGAUGCAUCGAUGGGACUCAAGUUCAAAUACAAGCUCCUACGCAGAAUGAAUUUGUUAACAGGAAAGGCUACCAUUCCAUCAAUGUUCAGCUGAUGUGUGACGCAGACCUCAUAUUCAUCAACUGUAUUGCGAAAUGGCCUGGAAGUGGACAUGAUUCAAGAAUACUACGAGAGUCAUCUUUAUUCGAAGAUUUUGAGAACAAAAGGCAGCCCAUGAGAGGAAUCAUCUUAGGAGACAGUGGCUAUAUGUUGCGUGACUGGUUGUUAACUCCGAUUUCUAAUCCCACUACACGUCAAGAGAGAAACUACAACUUCAGUCAUAGUUCAACACGUACAGCUAUCGAACGGGCCAUAGGAGUUUUGAAGAGGAGAUGGCACUGUCUUCGCAGACUUCGUUUGACUCCUGCCAAGGCAUGUAAAGUUAUUGCAGUAUGUGUUAUGCUAAGUAACCGUGCCAGAAGGCUCAACUUAGAUGUCCCAGACACAGACAGUGACAGUGACGAUGAACCUGACUAUGAACAAGCUUCAGAUGCCCACAUGGAGGAAGUCCUACCUGUAAACAACCCAAUGAUAGAACGUGCCAGGCUUGCUGCUGGAAAAACUGCCAGAGAGAGAUUAAUCAACAAUUAUUUUCACUGAAAGUCCAUCAUGUUAAAUAAACAUUACAUUAUUAAUUGAAUAUUAGUUUGCUUCCUUGUGCUUAAUAAAGUGACCACGAAACAA